AUGGCCGACGAUCUACCAGCGUUGGAUUUGGGCAAGAAGAAGAAGGCGAAGAAGCCGUUGAAGCUGGAUGACGAGCCGGCUGAGGGUGUGGCCGCGCCGGCAGAUGUUGCCGCAGCUACUGAUGAUAUUGGUGAUUUGCAACUCGGCAAAAAGAAGUCGAAGAAGAAGGACAAGGCCCUCGCCGAGGAGGUGCCCGGCGCGGCUGAUGGUGCCGACAGCACGAUAGCUUCCGGUAUCGGCCGCGACAACCUGAUCGACGCGAAAGGCGCGUGGCCCGAUUAUUCCUACCAAGACAUGCUGACCCUCGUGUUCAACGUGAUGCGCGAGAAGAACCCGGAUAUGGCCGGCGAGAAGAAGAAGUUCGCGAUGAAGCCCCCAGAGGUCCAACGAGCCGGCUCAAAGAAGACGGCCUUCUCCAACUUCACCGAAAUUUGCCGCGUGUUGAAGCGUGAUAAUAAGCACGUCUUACAGUUCCUUUUGGCCGAGUUGGGUACGACCGGUUCGAUCGACGGCAACAAUUGUUUGAUUCUGAAGGGAAAAUUCUUGCAAAAGCACUUGGAAAGCGUGUUGCGAAAGUAUAUUAAAGAAUACGUAAUGUGCCACACGUGCAAGUCGUCGGAUACGGCGCUCGUUAGGGAAACUCGUCUCUUCUUCCUCCAAUGCCACUCUUGCAAUUCGCGCUGCUCGGUGACGGCGAUCCGAGCCGGAUUCACGGCUAUGGUUGGAAAGCGUGCCGCCAUCCGACGAGCGCAAGAAGCCACCGUUGCGGCGAUCGCUGGGUUGUUUUUCGAUCCGGAAGGGUUUUUGAGAAAUGGCCGCCCGCUUCCGCACGUCGCUAUUUUUCGCCUCCUUGACGCUUCUAUCGGCCAAGCCGUGGGACUGGAACCCGGCCGACGGGCAGUUCGACUGGAACACGGCCGGGGAUCGGCUGUGCAAGCUUGGAGACAGCUACGAUCGGACAGCGAC